GACGAAACAAGAACGAACAGUCAAACACGGCAAGGUCGGAAUAAGGUGUCCUGCAAUAAUGGCCUCUGAAAUCGUCUUCUGUAAUGCAUGUGUGUGGCUAUGACAGCCAUGGUCGUGAGCAUCGCAGCCGCCCUUCUGCUGGCCCUUGACGCGGCCCACGUCGCCUCUGCAAUGGUCCACGCACGGAGGGACGAGCCCGUAACACGGCUAUCGACAGAAUUCGUCAAGGGAUACCGAAAAGACGUAAGCCCCGAACGAUAUAUGUCAAACCCGCACCGGCCCGCACCCGCACCCAGUGCAGUGUGUCCGUCCGUCCGUCCGUCAGCUGACCGUGUCAGUCUUCGACGGCAAGGCCCAGCAGCAGCAGCAGCAGCAGCAUCUCAAGUACAGGGGUAGUAGCAUCAUAGUGCCGAGGAGUUAUGAGGAGUACAUGACGGGCCUGAUGCACAAGCGGGAUCGGUGCGGCGAGUGUGGGAUGGUGUUUAUCUACAGGCAGGACGGGACGCUGUCCUUCAUCAUGGACAACACCCACAUCGACUUGGUAUGGUACGCACAUCUCAUCUGCAAUGGCUAUGAGUCCGUUCGGCCCCUUCUCUAGGACAUGGUGUUUGUCAACAGUGACAACGUGAUUGUCGAUAUCCAGUAAGAACGAAAGGAAGAACGAGGGGAGACAGACAGCACUCACUGAUUAUGAUGAUGUGUGUGUGUGUGCAGGCCCGCCAAGGCGCGGCAGGACGGAGUCAUCUCGUCAACACGGCCUGCCAGCUACAACAUCGAGCUCAUGGUCGGCCGAUGGAUGGCUCCUCUGUCAGUCAGUGCAUGUGUGUUGUGUGCCCGGUGGCUGUGUGUGUGUGUGUGUGUGUGUGUGUGCAGGGCGGCGUGUGCCGAGAGAGGGGUAUUCAGGUGGGCGACAGGGUGCACUUCGAUUGGCACAUCCCAUGCAGUGACUCCCGUGGCAAUGGCAAUGACGCCAGUGGAGAAGAGGUGUGUUUCAAGGCGUAAUUGACGAUGCUCGUCUCGUCGGUGCGUGUGUCGGUGUGACAGUCAGUAUACAGACCUUUCUUCUGUGCGCAUGACAUGAACGGCUCUCUCUCUGUGUGUGUGUGUCGUGAAUGCGUCACCUCUU